AUGAAUGCGUUCAACGAGCUUCCCAGUCGCGUCGCCCGUGCGUCCCUGCUGCCCCUCCCGCGCCUCUGGGAGAAAAACCGUUUUGCGAAACGUCCGGCCGCGGCCAAAGUUCAAAAAGGCGGGAUCUUUUUUAUCCACUCCGAGCUCGCCUCGUGGAGCGCACUCCCGAGGGCGCGCGGCUAUCGCACCGUCGACAGUACACACCCCCACGCGACCGUCCACGUCGCAUACGCGCGGAUCUCCCGGUUCGAUCGCGCGAUCCUCGGCCGACGCCACUCUCCGCCUCGCGUGAUCGAGAUGAGCGCCGUUUCGAGACUGAUGCCCACCGUCGCGCGCGCCCCGUGCCGCGCCGCGCCCGCCGCUCGCGUCGCUCGCGUCGCGGGCGCGUCCCCGCGCGCCGCGGUGGCCGUACGACCCCGCGCGCGCGCCUCGAUCGUCGCCGCCGCGGUCUCCGAGCCCAUCAUGGUGGUGUCCGAUCUGGACGGCACCAUGGUGGGCGACGACGCAGCCACAGCCGAGUUCUCCGCCGCCUGGAACGACCCAUCCGUCGUCCCGGAGGGCUCUUCACUCGUCUACUCCACCGGCCGAUCGCUCGAGUCCUUCGCGCAGCUCAUCGCCGACAAGUCCGCGGUCAUGGCCGCGCCCUGCCACCUCAUCUGCGCGGUGGGCACCAAGAUCUACAAGCGCAAGCCCGGCGUGGAGAAAACCGCCGCGGCGGCGGCUGACGUGUCCUCGUGGGAGGAGGAUCCGGCGUGGACGCGUCGACUCGACGAGGGCUGGGACUUCGCCGCGGUGGAGCGCGCGUGCGCCGCCGCGGUCGACGCCGUCGGCCACGACAACGCGCACUUCCGACCCCGCGAGGAGUUCAACGAACACAAGAUCACCGUCGGCUGCAGGGACGAGUUCGUUCAGCGCGUCGCGGACAUCGUCGAGGGCGCCACGAACGCGGACGGCCUCCGCGUCAAGAUCAUCGCGAGCGGCGUGGGCGGCUGGCAGUACGUCGACGUCGUCAGCGACUGCGCCGGUAAGCUCGAGUCGCUCGAGUACGUUCGACAGUCCGUCGGCGUUUCGCACUCGAGGUGCGUUGCGUGCGGCGACUCUGGCAACGAUACGCUGAUGCUCGGGGGCGAGAACCGCGCCGUCGUCGUCGGGAACGCGCAACCGGCGCUGAUGGACUGGGCGAGCGCGCAGGAUAACUGCGUCGGGUCGAAGGACGCCGCGGUGGCGUGCGAGCGUCGCAUGUACAUCGCGGGCGAUUCGGAGGCGAGGGGGAUCCUCGAGGGUCUGAGGGCUUUCGGGUUCCUCGGGCCCUUUACCGAGCCCGCCGCCGCCGCUCCCGCUCCCGCCGCUCCCGCCGCCGCUCCCGCUCCCGCCGCUCCCGCCGCUCCCGCUCCCGCCGCUCCCGCCGCUCCCGCCGCCGCUGCCGAGGCCUCCGCCGAGGCUGCCGAUGAACCCGUCAAGAAACCCCUCUCCGCGUACAUGAUGUACUGCGCCGAAGCUCGGCCGGCGCUCAAGGGCAUGCCGGUGACCCAGCAGGCCAAGCAGCUCGGCGCGCAGUGGAAGUCGCUCGACCCCGCGGUGAAGAGCGCGUUCGAGGAGGCCGCGAAGGCCGCGAAGCACGCGUGGGAGCUCGCCAACCCGGAAGCGGCCAAGAAGAAGCCGGCGGCGAAGAAAGCGCGAGCCCCCAAGGCUAAAAAAGACCCCAACGCGCCAAAGAAGCCCCUCUCUGCGUACAUCAUCUUCACCAAGGAGCGAAGGUCCGCGGUGGUUGCGGAAAACCCCGGUCUGAGUUUGACCGAGGUCACCAAGGAGCUCGGCGCGAGGUGGAAGGCCAUCGGAGCGGAGGAGAAGAGCGUCUUCGAGGCCAAGGCCAAGAAGGACAAGGAACGGUACGCGGUGGAGAUGGAAGCUUACGAAGCCACCCAACGCGCCGCCGCCUGAUGA